GCCAGUUCUGCACCGAGGACGUUGACGAGUGCCAGCUGCAGCCCAACGCGUGCCACAACGGGGGCACCUGCUUCAACACGCAGGGCGGGCACACGUGCGUGUGCGUCAACGGCUGGACGGGCGCCGCGUGCAGAACAUCGACCGACGACUGUGCCACCGCCGUGUGCUUCCACGGCGCCACGUGCCACGACCGCGUCGCCUCCUUCUACUGCGCCUGCCCCAUGGGCAAGACGGGUGCCAACCCCUGCGAGCACUUUGGGCGCUGCGUGAACACGCAGGGCUCCUUCGAGUGCCGCUGCGGCCGGGGCUACGCGGGGCCGCGCUGCGAGACCGACGUCAACGAGUGCCUGUCGGGGCCCUGCCGCAACGAGGCCACCUGCCUGGACCGCAUCGGGGACUUCACCUGCAUCUGCAUGGCGGCCCCUGCGUCAACGCGCGACGGGUUCAACGGCUUCAGCUGCGCCUGCCCGGCCGGCUUCGCAGGCCCCAUGUGCCAGACGGACAUCGACGAGUGCGCCAGCACCCCGUGCCACAACGGCGCCAAGUGCCUGGACCGGCCCAACGGCUAUGAGUGCCGCUGCGCCGAGGGUGAGUCCCCCGGCACCCAUGGCACCCCUGUCCCAUGCGCGCCCGGCUACACGGGCGCCCGCUGCGAGGCGCAGCUGGACGAGUGCCAGAGCAGCCCGUGCCAGCACGGCGCCAAGUGCAUCGACCGCAUCGACCACUACCAGUGCGUCUGCCCGCCCGGCACCUCGGGCGUGAACUGCGAGGUGAACUUCGACGACUGCGCCAGUGACCCCUGCGACUACGGCGUGUGCCAGGAUGGCAUCAACCGCUACGACUGCAUCUGCAAGCCCGGCUUCACAGUCUCCUACAAAUGA